UCGCGUCGGUAGCUGUGACGAGGCGACGCGGAGCGUCGGAGUGUCGUCAUUUUAGGCGUUCGUUAAUGUAGUAGUUUUUACACGCGCGGAGUUUCUUCUGUGAACCGAGAACUUUCUACUGUCCUCUAAUAAUUUCAGCUAUGAUCCAAGCGGACGGAAUGGAAUUAGAAACGCUUUAUCAUCGUUAUUGUAUCCGAUUAAAGCACGCCCUCUUCCUCUCCUGUCUCUUUGUCACAAUUAUCAGCUGUGUAACGCUUCUUGUGGCGACAUGUGUACACCAUUCACAGGAUCUCGAAUCAGAAUUAUUUUCUGUCAUCACAUUGGUGGUAUUGACAUUCCUUUUAAUGGCAGUGUUCCUGAUAUCUCAGUUUUCCUUCAUCCUGGAGUCGGAAAUAUGGUCAACGACGGCAUCUCUGUUAAUUGUUGGUGGAAUUUCAACAGCAACAUUUCUGUUGGCUGGAACCUAUGCGCCCCUGCCGCUUUUUGCUCUCAUGGUUGCAAUGCAUACCAUGCUUCCAAUUUCUAGAGUGAUAUCGCUGGUACUGGCGAGUAUUGUGAGCGCUGCUCAUUUUGCAACCUCAGUUACUCAUAGAAUUAAUUCCGGAAAUUACUUCCGCUAUUACGAACUUAUUCCGGAAGCAGUACUUUUAUUAACUGCAUGCGGAACUGGCUUAUAUUAUCGCCAUAUGACCGAAGGAGCCCAUAGAACUACCUUCACGGGUACCAGAAAUUGUAUUGAGUCUAGGGUGAAAUUGGAAUGCGAAAAAGAACAGCAAGAACAGCUUCUUCUUAGCGUAAUACCAGCAUACAUAGCCGCAGAGGUGAAACGGAGCAUAAUGCUGAAGAUGGCAGAUGCCUGUCAGGAAGUUUCGAACAAGCAAAGCUUCCACGAGAUGUAUGUCCAGAGACAUAAUAAUGUGUCCAUUCUUUACGCAGACAUUGUCAACUUUACGCCUUUAUCGGAGCAACUUUCCGCAUCCGAUUUGGUGAAAACUUUGAACGAAUUGUUCGGAAGGUUCGAUCAAAUCGCGCAGGUGAUACCUUCCAAAAGUUUCGUUCGCCUACCAAUUUCAAGACCUAAUCAUGCCUAUAACUGUGUGAACAUGGGAUUGCAAAUGAUAGAUGCUAUUAGAUUUGUUCGAGAAGCUACAGGAUUUAAUGUGGACAUGAGGAUAGGAAUACACACCGGAAAUGUACUCUGCGGUGUACUAGGACUCCGUAAAUGGCAAUUUGAUGUAUGGAGUGAUGACGUUACAUUAGCCAACCAUAUGGAAUCGGGAGGAAUCGCGGGGAAAGUCCAUAUUACACGAGCUACACUGCUUCAACUGGGGGAUAAAUUCGAAGUUGAGCCGGGAAAUGGAGCUAGUCGGGAACCAUACCUAGCAGACCACAAAGUGGAGACGUUUCUUAUCGUACCUCCAAAGAAAAAUGAUGUGGAAAAUAAGGCAGAUAGAAGCCCUAGGCCUAACGGUAGAAGCUGUUCCGAAGAUAUGAAUGGGACUGGAAUUGCAACACCAGGACCUAUAACACCUCGUUCACGACCCUCAACUAAAAUGACAAAAUACGUUGAAUACUGGGGCGCUGACAAACCCUUUGCUAAUAUUGCAGAAAGCACAAUUGCGAAAAAUAUCGAACUUACGAGCGUCGCUAUGAUAGAAUCCAAUUUGCUCUCUGACGGAAGCACGUGCUUGGAAUGCAAAAAAUGGUGUAGUAACGAUGAUUUGCAUCCCCUGUUUCUUUGGUUUCGGAAAAGGCAACAGGAAGAAGAAUAUCGAGAACAGCCAGAUACCGACUUUCCUUUCUACAUUACGUGCGCCACGAUGGUCUUUAUUGGUAUGGGUGUUAUGCAAAUUUCCACUAACAUGUGUGCUAAUGCGUAUACAAUUUUACAGACGUAUUUAUACAGUUCUGCACUAGCAUUAACAGCAAUAUCCGUUUUCUUGAAGAUGGAUUUCUUAUUAAAACUGUUCCUCAUGGUUGUAUCCACAACUGUUCACAUUGGUCUUUACAGCUAUUUGAAACUAUUCAACAGUUACGAUGAUCCAGGGGAUGAAAAAUUAUCCUUAGUUCCGGUAGAAGCAAAAAGCUUCCUUAUUUUUGCAAUCAUUGUCAUCAUGUAUCACAUCCUCGAUAGACAGAUCCAAUUUACAUCGAGAACAGACUUCCUCUGGAAAUCGAAGCUAAAAAUCGAACAGGAGGAGGUUGAAACGAUGAGAGGUAUAAACAAGAUUUUAUUAGAAAACAUUUUACCAGCCCAUGUGGCUGAAAGGUUUUUAACAAUCAGAGAUACGACCCAAGACUUGUAUCACGAAAGAUACUCUUGCAUAGCUGUAAUGUUUGCUUCCAUUCCAAACUAUAAAGAAUUUUACGAUGAAAACGACGUAAACAAGCAAGGACUGGAAUGCUUACGACUGUUAAAUGAAAUCAUCUGUGAAUUCGAUAAGUUGUUGUUAAAACCAAAGUUCAGCUGCAUUGAGAAAAUAAAAACUAUCGGAAGCACCUACAUGCUGGCAGCAGGCUUAAACCCAGGAAAGGAAGAUAAAAACAGGGAAGCCAGUCGUAAAGAGGAGCACAUAAUAGUUGCUUUGAUUGACUUUUCAGUGGCUUUGAUGACAAGUUUAGACCAAAUAAACAGAGAUUCUUUUCAAAGGUUUAAACUACGAGCGGGUUUAAAUCACGGUCCAGUGAUUGCAGGGGUUGUGGGAGCUCAAAAGCCUCAAUAUGAUAUAUGGGGCAAUACAGUUAAUGUUGCUUCAAGGAUGGACUCAUGCGGAAUUAUCGGCAGGAUCCAGGUGACAGAAGACACAGCUAAAAUUUUAAUGAAUGCUGGUUAUUCGUGUGAAUGUAGGGGCCCUAUAUAUGUAAAAGGAAAGGGCACAUUGACCACAUAUUUCGUUAAAACACCAUUCGAUGAUAAAUAAAUAUUCAAAAUAUAAAUGCUAUUGUUGUAAUUACAAUGGAAACGAAAAUUCGGUAAAUAUUCUGACCACACUGUAGAUCGAAAGCAAAGUAAGGAAUAAUUACAGUAUGUCACACAAUCUCACAAAAUGUUCUAAAUAUUUUUUUACGUAACUGAGAUGAAACUAGAUUUAUAUAUUUAUGAAAUGAGUGAGUAAAUUCUUAUGGAUCAUGUGUGGUAAAUAUAUAAAACAUACGGCUGUGAAUAUAAAACAAAAAGAAUGUAAUUGAUAGAUGAAAUUAAUUUAUAUA